CCCAUGGGAUCAGAGCGGAUGGAGAUGCGCAAACGGCAGAUGUCUACGACCCAGGAGACCCCAGGCGCUGCACAGGCUCAGCACAGCGCAGGAAAUCGAGGGUCCAAUGCCUGCUGCUUUUGUUGGUGCUGUUGCUGCAGCUGCUCAUGUCUUACUGUUAGAAAUCAAGACGAAGAGAGAACACGGACAUCUCAUGAACUCCAAGCAGAGAGUAUUCCAAACUGCGAGGAAAGUCCUGCUCCUACUCUUGAAGAAGUAAAUGCCUGGGCUCAAUCAUUUGACAAGCUGAUGCUUACUCCAGCUGGCAGAAAUGCUUUUCGUGAAUUUCUACGAACAGAAUUCAGCGAGGAAAACAUGCUUUUCUGGAUGGCCUGUGAGGAACUAAAACAAGAAUCCAACAAAAGUGUCAUUGAAGAAAAAGCAAGGCUAAUUUAUGAAGAUUAUAUUUCUAUCCUUUCUCCAAAAGAGGUCAGUCUGGACUCCAGAGUAAGAGAAGUUAUUAACCGAAAUAUGCUGGAACCCUCACAACACACCUUCGAUGAUGCACAGCUUCAAAUUUAUACCUUAAUGCACAGAGACUCCUACCCACGGUUUAUGAACUCUGCUAUUUAUAAGGACUUGCUUCGGUCCUUAUCUGAAAAAUCCAUUGAAGCUUAAGAUUUUUUCUUAAACGUAUUUAUUUUAAAACAAACGGAACUCUGGGCUACACCAAUCCACAGGGAAUUUAGAAUUAAUCCAAUAUUUACCUGAAAAUAACUGAGGCAAGUUUUAUCACAGACUGAAUGAUUUAAAGCUGCACAAGGCUCUGACACAAUCAGCUAACUACAGUUUCUGAUCAAAUUCAGUGUUACUUUGCAAAAGAGAAUGAAGGGAAAAUGUUGUUGUUCAAAAAAAAUGCAGUAUUUUUUCAAACGCAGCACGUAACUCAGCUGCAAAUCUGUUACAACGUAUGUCUGAGGUACAAAUGCCAACUGAGCAACAAAACCUAAAUUUUAUUAAGUGGAGUGUUAGAAUUUUCCAGUUGCCCCAUCCACACUGUGACCAAAGUAAAAACAGGACCGUCAACAUCCAAGUUACACUAGGCAAAAAGUUUCACACAUUGUACAAAUCGUACCUGGCACAGGUACACUCCACUUGUCUUGGCAUAUUCAAUGCAUAUACGGUGCGCUAAUGGAAAUCAGUAUGGCAAUCUCAAGUUUAUGAAAGCUAAUGGUUGAAAUAAUGCUGCCUAUAAAAAAAUCUUUUCCUGAGGAAUUAUUAUUUUACUACUAGAGUCUGCUGAAAGCAUUUUUAAGUUCAUAUUGUUGAUGUUUAUAAAGUUAAAUUAUUUACUUAAGAGGAAAAAGAGUCUGGGCAUUUAAAUUCUGAAAUAAAGCACAAGAAUUCUCA